AUGGCCGAAGACCCACCUCCUGUGGAAAGGCUUUUAGCAAACGAACACUUAGAGCUGUAUGACCGCAAUGUAAAUCAACCAGAAGGGUUAGUUGAUUUGAAGUUGACGAAUCAAGUCUUUAAGAUGGAAGAGCGAAUCGCAGCUGAAGUUGAGCGUAGAAUGAAACAAAUGGCUCUUGAAAAACAAACGGUGGCUCAAGUUCAGCCGGUUCAACCGAUUCAAGCAAUGAAUUCCCAGCAGGUGGAAGAAAUCAACUUUUUGAAACAGAACAACCCUUACUCUAAUACUUACAAUCCAGGAUGGAAGAAUCAUCCGAGUUUCUCCUGGAAAGAUCAACAAGGGAACGUUCCAAAACAAGGGGCUGCUCCUUAUCAAGGUCUUCCACAACAACAGCAGCAAUAUAGGCCACCACAACAACAACCUUAUCAACAGCCGUAUCAGCAACCUCAACAACAAUUCCAGCCACAGGGACAAAGAAAAAUGAGUCAAAUUGCACAACAAAUGGCAAAUCCUCAACAAUCGGGUGCUCUACCUAGUGCCACGGUUUCAAAUCCUAAAGACCAUACUAAUGUGAGUGCUAUAAGCACUAGGAGUGGUAAAGCCAAAGAAGUUGUGGAGGAAAAUGCUGAAGAAGAAGAGCCGUUGCUUGAAGUUGAUGUGGAAAUAAAGGAAAAUGAGGUAGAAGCUGAGGAUGUGGUUGUAUCAGAACCGGUGACGAAAGGGAAGAUUAUUGAGCCAAAACCGGCCGUUAAACUUCCAUUUCCUACUAGAAAUAAAAAGAAGGGACAGCAUGAGAAGAAUUUUGAAAAAUUCCUGGAGAUGUUCAAGAAACUUGAACUGAAUAUUCCAUUCCUAGAGGCGUUGGAACAAAUGCCUACCUAUGCCAAGUUCAUGAAGGAUAUUAUAUCCAAGAAAAGGACCAUCGAUCGUGAUCCGAUUAUUCUAACCGAAACUUGUAGUGCUAUUUUGCAGGGUAUGAAAAUUCCGGUGAAAAAGAAGGAUCGAGGUUCUGUGACUAUUCCUUGUACCAUUGGGGAUAGAUCUUUCAAAAAGGCCCUUAUUGAUUUGGGAGCAAGUGUGAGUCUUAUGCCGCUAUCCAUUUACAAGAGAUUGGGGAUAGGUAAAGUGCAAGAUACAAGAAUGACACCAAUUUGCUGA